GCUAUCCUUUGUCAACAUGACUGAUGAAAAGUGACAAACAUUAAGAUAAGCGCAUUUCUUUCCGACACAUAUUCCAUAACAAAAACAUGUGACUGCGUUAGCUUGGUCUCAUAAUCUAACAGCAGUAGUAGCUAUAGUUUCCGGGAUACACUUGAAUGCGACACAGUGCGGUCCCUUGACUGGACCUCCGCGGGAAAUUCAGAAGCGCCACGACACUCUAUUUUCAUUUGGAGCCAAAACAAAACAAACAGGACAAGUAUCAGACAAAAAAACGUUUUCACAACGAUUUAUCAGGCAUUAGCGAUAGUGUACUAUUGUAGGCGGCCUAAUCAUCAAAAUGUCCAAAAAGAAAGGACUAAGUUUGGAGGAGAAGAGAAGUCGUAUGAUGGAGAUUUUCUUUGAAACCAAGGAUGUAUUUCAGCUGAAAGACAUCGAGAAGAUUGCCCCUAAAACAAAGGGAAUAACGCCCAUGACGGUGAAGGAGGUGCUGCAAAGCCUGGUGGAUGACAACAUGGUGGACUGUGAGCGUGUGGGCACGUCCAACUACUACUGGGCUUUCCCCAGCAAAGCUCUGCACACUCGCGAGCUCAAACUGGAGGAGCUGAACAAACAAGUGUCAGAGGCAAAGCAGCGCCAAAUUUCUCUGCAGGACGCGAUUGGAAAAGCCAAAGAAGGACGUCAGGAUACAAAAGAGAGGAGCGGCAUGUUGAAGGAACUUCAGGCUCUGAAAGACGAGCGAGCUCAGCUGCAGACUGAGUUGGACAAGUACAAGGAUUGCGACCCACAAGUUGUUGAACAGAUGAGAAAAUCAAACAUGGUGGCCAAAGAAGCUGUUUCUAGGUGGACAGACAAUGUUUUUGCCAUCAAGUCAUGGACCAAGAAAAAGUUUGCGUUCGAUGACAGCCGCAUCGACAAAGCCUUCGGGAUCCCCGAGGACUUUGACUACUUGGACUGACUGACUCUCGGUUCUCCAGUUGAAGGACGCACGUCUUGUGUGACCAGAUGGAUCUCAUCGGCUCAUGUUUGACUUGUUCGCGCAACCGGAGACGAAACAAAGAGCGUCCAUUAGCGGGUUAGGUGACAAAAACUGUUUUGCAUCUGUUGGCCUAAAAGCCGGACUUCCCGAGGAGAUCCGUCAUCGUUGAAUUUUGCCUUUUUCGAUUGUUAUCGCAGGGUUCCAUUCAUUGCCACUUGACAAUGCAAAACGUUUCUUCGUUUCUACCCCGGGCCCGUACAAACGAUAUUUCUGUUACGAGCCAACAAAACGGGAACAAUUCUGUCACGGCAUGUCAGCGAUGACGACUGGCAUCUUCUGCAAAACGAGAUGCGGAUCGGCGGUGUGUUUACUCAGAUAAGCUCAGUGAGUCAACGCAUGUACUCCAGCGUUCUGUUUUUCCACCGCUUACGCCGUAAAAGACGUCACUUUAUUUUUUGCUUUACGAUACGCCAGGCGGCUUUGUGACUGCAGUGAAAAUGUGCUGACCCUGUGAAGUAGCUCAAGAGAUAGAGGAGAGGGGGAGAAAAAUGUCCAUAAAUGCCUGAGUGCAGGUUUGUUUGGACACACCCACCUGCGGCGUAACAUCGCUCGUGUGUGUACUUGCCCAACCUGUCAUCGCCGCCAAUCGUCACGCUCUUUCGUGCUGAAUUUACUGGCGACUCAGGGAAGCACACUUGGAACGCUCACAUGGUGUUAUUGAGCAGAUGAGGAACGGGACCUCGCACUUCCUUUUUCACGGCAAAUACUCCAACCUGUCAUCUUCCAGUUGGGGAUGCACAGGGAUUAUUCGAUAGUAGAGCGUUCUCGGUCCAGGAACCACUUAUUUACCGGCCAGAAAUGUUUCCGAGGAUUCCCGUCAGAAUCCUCCUUCCGGUUAAGCAUCACUGCAAUGUGUAGCUCUCAAAUGUCCUCACAUUUUUUUUUCUUUGAGGAAAUGUCAUGUUUCCCAAGAACAGAAACAUGUUUUUGUUGGAUGAAAAGUCAUCAUCUUUCAAGAUUAAAAUAGUCCUCUUCCAGGA